ACUUGAUCAUAACAUACUAUAACGCCACCAACUCUCUGCAAAAAGUGUAGCCUUCAACUGUACUCAGUAGUCAUCUUCUGAAGUCAACUUUCUAUGGAAUCAGACCAUACUGAUUUAGCAGUCAAUCAGGUCCUUUGUGAUAUAAUUUGUAGAUCAUCAAAACGUGAAUGAUAUAACAAGAUGAUACCCCUUUCUAAAGGGUGUCCAAGCCACAAGAUUCUUCUAUAUAUUUAGCUUUACAAAAGAUACAUAAAAAUCAAGAACCAAACCUUAUUUUUAUCACAUCACCAUAAAAUAUAAUGUCCACUUUUAACAACAUCCCUAUAUGCCUUUCUUUCACCAUAAUAUUGAAGUUUUAUUCUUGCUUUCUAUUUCAAAUGAUGAACAAUACUCAGGUUAUGUCACAACCUCUCUUCAAUACAUGUCCAAAUACAACCACUUACGAACCAAACAGCACUUAUCAAUCCAGCAUUCAAAUCCUACUGUCCUCUCUUGCCACUAAUGCCACUAGACCAAACGGUUUCUACAAUUCCUCAGCUAACAACAUGGUCUACGGCAAUUUCCUAUGUCGUGGCGACGUCUCUACCAGCGAUUGUCACCAAUGCGUGACAACCGCUGGUAUAGACAUUUUGCAACUAUGCCCGCAACGAAAAGUGGCGCUGGUAUAUUAUGACAACUGCAUAUUACGUUAUUCGGACCAGUAUUUUUUUGGCACGCCAGAUCAAAAUCUGGCCAGAAUUAUUCUGUAUAAUACUCAGAAUAUUAGUGAUCCAGAUAAUUUUAGACCAAUUUUGGGUAGUAUGUUAGAUGACGUGGCGACCGCGGCGGCUAAUGGUGGCUCAGCUAAGAAAUAUGCGACGAAAAGUGCCAACUAUAGUUCGUUUCAGAAAGUGUACGCACUUGCACAGUGCACUCCUGAUAUUUCUGCAGCUAGUUGUAAUACAUGCCUUAGAGAUGCCAUAUCAAACUUGCCUAGUUGUUGUGACAAGUCACAAGGUGCUAGAGUUGUUUUCCCUAGUUGUGGUGUAAGAUACGAAUUGUAUCCCUUCUAUAAUGAUACAGCAACCGUGUUCACACCACCGCCACCUGCUCCGCCACAAGCUUCAUCUACUCCUCCCAAUUCUUCAGGAGGUGAUUCGGAUAAAAAUCGGAGAAUUUCAGCAGGAGUGAUCGUUGCCAUUGCUGUUUCUGCAGUUGUUUCAAUCGUCCUUCUUAUUGUGGUCUACUGUUACUUCAGAAGGAGAGCUUCUAAAAAAUAUGAUGCCAUAACGGAUACUAAAGAUAUAAGUGACAUUUCCACAGUUGAAUCCUUGCAAUACAGCUUUGGUACAAUCCAAGCUGCAACUGACAACUUCUCUCCUGAUAAUAAAAUUGGUGAAGGUGGAUUUGGGGAUGUCUAUAAG